GUUGGGCAGCCAUGGACCUGUUCAGCCUGCUGAUCCUAGUCAUCUUGGUCACCAGUUUCCUCUCGUUCCAGUGGCUCUUCCACCGGGUCAGUCCCUGGGUCUCCCCCCGCGCCAGUUCUGGCUUCCUAUGCCUAGCGGACCAGCAGAAAGUGGAAUGGAACUCAAGGACGGUGUCCACACUUCAUGCCCUGGUAGUGGGGUUCUUUUGCCUCUACAUCCUGCUGUUUGACGACGCCGUCAAUGAAGACCCCGUCUGGGGAGAUCCCACACUUGUGAAGAUAAAUGUUGGCAUGACAACAGGCUACCUCAUAUCUG